CACUCACAGCACACACACACACACACACACACACACACACACACACACACACACACACACACACACACACACAUACAACACUUAUGAGAUUUUUAAUUUAAGACUUUGACUUAUUAAGAGCUUUGAUUUCCAAUGUAAGAUGAAAUAACUAUUAAAUGCAAACGAUUCGCAAUACUUUGCGGGGGCAAAUGCUACACAGAUAUCAAUGCAUUGAUUUUGGGUUUGUUAAAAAGCUUUGCAUUUCAAACAAAUGAAGUUAAUGCCGUAUCUAACCCCGUCGAGAUGAAAGGGCGUCUUUACGCACCAGGAUCCGUGAUAAAGACCAGACGGUGUCUGAUGCAGAUCAGUCAGGUAACAGAUACAUUCAGUCAAGUUGUAAAACAUACAGGCGUAAAUAAAUCAAAGUGUAUGUGUAUUAAAGAUUUAUGUUAUUAGGGUAUCUUCUUCUGAAGUUUAUUAUAUUUAGAGGCGUUCUCAAGAGACGCCCACACGGGGGUACCCAGGCUUUAAAAACUAAAAGUUUUGUCAUACUGAUUACCUGCAAAAUUAACUUCAAGUCGUGCUACGCCACAAUAAACAAUAACGAAACAAUGGCGGACAACUACCAGGACGGUUUCGAGAAUCAGGACUUCGAUGAAGGUUUGGAUCAGAUCCUUGAAGAGUUAUUUGAUGAGAACGUGUUGUUUGCUUGUGAUGAACCCGGUGCUGUUAAUAACGACGAGCAAGAUGUUGGCAGCAAUCAGGAGCUGAUAACCCCUCCAGAAAACGUUGCGCAAGAAGUUGAGAUUAGCACCGAAUCACAACACGCCCUAGGACACGUCACAAAGCCUGCCUCCGCCGACGCGCCGGAUCCCGAGGGUGAUUCUCACAAUCUCCCAGAUGUCUCAAACGUACGCACCGAAGCUAGCGUUACGUGUAGAGUACGACAUUCGGAGGGCCAGGGAGUGAAACGUCUGAGGUUACCGGAGUGGGGAACAGACGAUGUACCAAGCACCAGUCGUUUAAGGACUUCGGAGAAUAACGAGCAGCGAUAUGAUGAAGGAGGGGUGACAGCUUGGAGCGAUUCUAUGGUGAGCGCGUGGGAUCGUGCGUCUUUUAGCGAUUCGGCAAGCGAAGAGGAGACGGAAGAAUUGCCUAACGAAGACCCUCAAGAGCUGUUCCGUGAACGUGACUUAAAUAGAAGGCUUGAUUAUGAUAUGCUUCGCCGUGUUAAUCGACGGUUUGGCACACUUUUCGAUUUGAGCGGUCAAGCAUUGUCCUAUCGAGGUGCAGAAGAGAUCGUGGGUAAUGCUCAAAGUGAUGUGGUAGCGAUUUUGAGGAACAUCAUCGAAUGCCAACAACAGCUGAACGAAUCCUUACGUCAUGCAGCCGAAUUUUGGAGGAGUUGUCACGAUCAACUAUAUGGUGAAUUUCGUCAGUUUCAACAACGUAUGAACGGGGUACCGGGAGAAAUCCAUCAGGUACAAGUUGAACAAAACUUAAUUGUUAACGCUCUUACUCUGAUCAGUGAACGUUUACAUCUAAUGCAAAGAAUGUUAUCAGAUUUGUACCGACGUGAUCAUCCUUGA